AUGCCAGCGGCUAUCCUGAACCAGAUGGACCUGCUGGGACGCCGUUAUGAUGAGUUGGCACAUGAACUGUCGCACAAUGACGGCAGCUUCUCGUCCGACAAGAUCACCAAUCUAUCUAUUGAGAUGGCGGAGCUGGAGCCCAAAGUGAUAGCAGUGCGGGAAUUACAGAGUCAGGAGAAGGCAGUGGAAGAGCUGGACGAGAUGAUCAACGAACAAGCGGAUAGCGACGAACCGGACGCUCUGGAGCUGCGUCAUAUGGCCGAGGAGGAGCGUCGUGAACUACUUGAGGCCAUUAUUAAUCUCGAAGGCGAGGUAGUUCGACUCAUGCUGCCUCGUGAUGAAGCAGACGAUAAAAGCUCGAUCUUGGAGAUCCGCGCUGGUUCUGGCGGUGACGAGGCUUGCUUGUUCGCUGGUGAUAUCCUUAAAAUGUACCAGAAGGUGGCACUAGCCAAAGGCUGGAAGUUCGAGCUUAUGAGCAUCUCGGAAACAGACCUGGGCGGUGUUAAGGAGUGCGUUUGCUCUCUUACAGGACGUGGAGCCUAUGGUCGCAUGAAAUUCGAGAGUGGGGUGCACCGUGUACAGCGUGUACCAGUGAACGACGUCCGUGUACACACGAGUGCCGUGUCGGUUGUGGUACUACCUGAAGCCGAGGAAGUGGAGGUCGAGAUCGACCCCAAAGACCUCCGUAUCGAUGUAUACCGCGCGUCUGGAGCCGGCGGUCAGCAUGUGAACACUACCGAGAGCGCUGUGCGUAUUACACACAUUCCUACGGGCAUCGUAGCAGCCGUGCAGGAUGAGCGAUCACAGCACCAGAAUAAGGCAAAAGCGCUCAAGAUCCUGCGUGCGCGUGUGUUCGACGGCAUUCGUCGAAAACGCGACGCCGAGCGUCAGACUAUGCGGAACUCGCAGGUCGGCUCAGGAGACCGCUCGGAGCGUGUACGCACCUACAACUUCCCUCAAAGCCGCGUGAGCGACCACCGCGUGAACGUUACUGUGUUCGGCAUCGAGCGAAUGCUAAACGGCGAACUAUUGGACGAAAUUGUGGACGCUCUGGUAGUCGACGAGCAGAACCUCCUACUGCAACAACUUGAGACACCGUAG